UCAUAUAGUCUAAGACACUUAUUUAUAUACAUGUAAUGAUUUCGGCGACUAGAUUCCGCUUUUGUUUUAUUUGAAGAAUUCCAAACUUCCCUCUUCCAGUUGGAGUUAGGCUGCCCAUCACGCUUCCGCCAACAAACAGCUGGCGGUUGAAGAGGGGAUGGAGAACUUCAUCUUGUAUGAGGAACUUGGGGCCGGGUCUAGGUCUGUUGUCUAUAAAGGAAGACGGAAGGGAAAUCUCAACUAUGUAGCCAUCAUCCGCGCCGACAAAGCCAAGAGAUCUGAGAUCACAAACCAUGUACGUCUCAGCCGUGAUCUAGAUCAUCCGAACAUAGUGUGCUUCUACGAGUGGUAUGAGACAAGUAACCACCUCUGGUUGGUAGUGGAGCUCUGUACAGGUGGUUCCCUGCAUUCUGUAAUUGGUCAUGAUGGAUGUCUGUCAGAAGAUGUGGUGAGGAGCUUUGGAUGGGAUUUGGUCAAAGGAUUGAAGCACAUCCAUGAAUUAGGAAUAAUUUUCUCUGACUUGACCCCUGCUAAGAUCCUGCUGGAUGGUAGUGGCACUCUGAAAUUUGGGAACUUCUGUCUGUCGAGGGCAGACGGGGAGACACUGGAGGAUAUCUUUACCUUGCUCUCUACGUCUGAGGAGACAGGGGAAGGAGACAGCAAGGAGAAUUUCUACAACACAAGGAAAAUAUUACAUGGUCCUCCAACUUACACAGCACCAGAGGUUUUACAGGGAACAGAAACCAGUAUGAGCUCUGAUCUCUGGGCUCUGGGUUGUAUACUCUUCUACAUGUAUGCUGGUAAACCUCCAUUCUACUAUGAUAGCUACACUAAAAUGAGUAACAUGAUCUUACAUGAAGAACCACCACCUCCCAGGCAAACAGUGCUUUCAGCAAGUCCUCCCAGUGAGGACUUCCAGAAUCUUCUAAAAGGCUUGCUCAACAAAAACCCAGUCAUGAGGAUGAACUGGCCAGAGUUGCUUGACCACCCUUUCUGGGCACAAGUUCUAAUGGAGGAAGUGGGAGUAGAGGAAGAGGAGGAGGAAGAUGGGGAUCAGGAAGAAGAAACUAGUUGUGAGGCGGCUGAUUCAGAUAGCUUGAGGCACAUAGGGAUCCCUGACCCUUUCCUUCCAGGACAGGCAGACAUGCUUCCCAACUGCCAUUCAGCCAUCACCAACCCAGCCCAUAGGAUUUCUAAGAAACUAAUCUCAUCACAGACAACAACUGCAACAUCUUACAGACCACCUGACAGAAGGACUGAUUGCCAACAAGCUGUCAGACACACGACCUGUGGUGCCUUAAAGAACAGCCAGGGCUUGGAAAAGGAGAUGGGAAAGGAGAGAGCAGGAAAAGAGGAACCAAAGACAGAAGAUGACUUCAAGCUAACUGGGGCCAAGAUGGGCCAAACACUGCAGCCCAAUAAGUCAUUCAUACUAGAUAACGUGUCAGAGCUCAGGCCAAAGAGCGGUGUGGAUGAGGACAACACUGAAGCCAUUUUUCUGCUCAGUUCCUGUGCCAACUCAAGGCGAAGCUGCAGUACCUCAAACUCUCUGAACCAGACCCCUGCAUCUCAGGCCAAUACUGGUACUGACAUUGCAUCCUGUGUGAAAGCUCUUCUCCAUACUGACUCUGAUCUGACUGUCACCGCAAUCAUGGAUAAUCCCAAGAUUCUUAAGACUCCUCCUGUGCGAUAUGAUCCCAAAACCCUUUCUGUACCAGCAUAUUCAGUUGAGAAGCUGCAGUCGCUGAGUGAUGAAGAGUGGAAUGUCUUCCUUUUGCAGCUUUGUACAUUUCUUGAAGAACAGAACCCGUCCACUGCUCCUCCUCCUCACUCUAUAGCCACUCGCUCCAGACUCAAUCUGCUGUGCUAUCUCUGCUGUGUGGUUGGACAUAAAGUUGUUGCUAACAGGCUGAUGAACUCAACACUGCUUUCAGUAUUGACCCAGCAGUUACGACAAGCUCCAAACUGGGAAGUACGGAGCAAGGUUCUCAGAGUGAUAGGUCUACUGGCUCUGCACUGCACUGAACUAGAAGAGGACACUCCUGUUUCUGAGGCUGUGUCCACACUGACGGACCUGUUGAGAGAGAACCUGAGGAAUAGUAAAAUAAAGCAGUUCCUGCUGCCACCACUUGGGGAGAUCCUCUACCUCAUCGCCUCUCAGGAGGAGAAGAGAGGCUCCCCAGAGGGACUGUGGUUCGUUCCCGCUGCCGCCUACACUGGCUUAAUGAGGAGCCUGCGGGAAGGGGAUGAUUUCGUAGUUCAUCACAUGGCUGCCAAAGCCAUUGAAAACAUCUCCACUGCUGUGUCUGGCCCCUCCCACCACCUGCUUACCACAGAGAUAGGCUCUGCCCUGUGGUACCUUUUCACCCACUCCACUGUGGAGGCUGUCAGAGUCACUACCGUCUCAGCUCUUUCAAGGCUAACCCAAGUGGUCCCAGCAGUCUUCUCGGCAGUGAUUGAAACGUGUGGGCCUGCGGCCAUCUUGGAGGGCGUGGGUGGAGCAGGGGCCAGGGUUCAGCAGCACCUACUUACUGCUAUUGCCAGUGUUAUACUCACCUCACGCAUUCAAACACACCGCAUCACACAGAGCAAGGAUUUGGUGUUGAAAGUGCUGCGCUGUCUGGAAAGUCCAUCCACAGUAACAAGAGCCAAGACAUUACUACUACUGCUGCUACUGAUACAGGAAAACACACACACACUGCUAUACUGCUGCCAGCACAGACUUGUGAUGCACCUGGAGAGAGACCUGCGUAAGGCCACUCCCCUCAGAGAGAACACCAGCCAAUCAGGAUACCUGUCUCAGUGUCUGGAUUUACUGAUUGUACAUCUGAGUAGCACUGCACCACUGAUACUGGAGGAUGUCUUAUGUGCAUUACGAGGUGUGAUUGGGAGGAGACAUCCAUCGACAGCUCAGAGCAGACAGCUUAAACACACUUUGCCUACAAUGUCUGUAGUGCUGGAACUUCUUUCAUCACAGGUCUUUAGAUCUCAAAUUGUAACUGAAGAGUUUCUUGCUCAAAUUGGAUUGCUACUGAACUAUAUCACCUCUAUCGAGUCCAAUGAAACAAAUCUAGCUAGUGCUUUGGGUGCAGCAGUUUGUGAGGAGUUGAUAAGGACAUCUCUGACCAUUGUGGAAGUCCUGAGUCAGCACCAUGCUCUCAUCACUCCACAUCACAGUGCUGUUGUAGAUGCCGUCCUGCCUCCUCUGACAACACUGGCUUUCAGCAGAAACGUGGAGUGGUCUGUGUUUGUUUUGAAGGUGCUGUCCGAACUCAGUCUUGUCCUGCUGGUCCAGGAAAAUGGUGAGACUCAGGAAGAUGAGGAGACAGAGGAAAAGAAAAAGAGAAGAGAGGAAGUAGGAAGGAAAGCAGAAGGAGUUGAUGAUGGAAGCUCCUGUGAUCAAAUCUCAGCUCUCAUCACUAAAUCUCUGCUUCCAAGGUAUGAGUCUCUUCUUCAGGCGUCAGAGCCGAUCCCGCUCUACGCUCUCAAACUGCUGGUAUCGAUGACUGAACACAGCACGCACAUCUCCAGGUUGAUCAAACACAGUAAGGUCCUACCAGCAGUCUUUCAACUCAUUAUGGCUAACAGUAGUAAUGUCACCAGUGGAUUGGUCCAGAAUGCAGUUGCCUUGCUGUGUAAUCUCAGUGUAGACACGGUCCUGGACUUGGAGCCUCCAUACAAACAAGUUCUUAUAGAGGUGGUGGUGAGCAGACUCUCAGAGGCUGCACAAGUCCACCUGGAUGGAGAGGGGAAUGCUGGGAGGAAGGUCAGCCAUCUUGUGUUACAAGUCCUUCUGGAGCUACUUCACAACAUCCUAAAACAAACAUCGGUUGUGGUUCGCUCCGCACUGCAGAGCCAGAGGCUAUCUUGUCCAGCAGUGGAGAUGGAGGCAGCAGAGAAGCUGCUCCUAGAAAACAGACCCCUGAGCCAACUCAGCACACACCUCAUUCACAUGCUGUCCACUGAAAACCAGGAGGUUUGGGAGGAGUCUAUUCAGUGUCUGUCUCUUCUGGUCCAGCUAUAUGGAGGAGAGGGCUAUGACUGUCUGUCACCUUCCUGUUUGCAAAGCUUUUCACAUGUGCUUCGCACACACAUGCACACUGAGACACCCCGAAUCCAACGCACAGCGCUAAGGAUCAUCAAACGACUGGUGCAGACUACAGAGCGACCUGAUUGGCUACAAUGUCCUGAAGGGGCGGAGCUAAUUAGUCUACUGCAGGACAUUCCUACGUACCACAGGUGUCACGUCGAUGUGGUUCCACUGUCUGCUGAAAUCCUCCAGGAGAUCUCUGGACCCUAAAAACUUUCAAUCAUCAAACCAAAGCCAUUUUGAACUACUUUGAGUUUCUCUCAGUUUUAGGUAAACUUUAA